UGAACAGCCGAGGGCGCGUCAUCACAAUGCCGGCGGAGUGUGCGGCAAACCCGCUACAGCGGGCUCUCGCGGAUGCUAUCAUCCGCAUGGUGUCGAUGGACGAGCUGCGCAUUCUGCUCGCCUGCGGUGCCAAGGUAAACGAUCAGGUUACGCAGGGCCUCAAGCCGUUGCACUAUGCCGUCUGGCAGAACAACGAGGCUGCGGUUAAUCUGCUCAUUGUCCGCGGUGCAGAUAUUAACGCGAUCGACGAGGUUGGCUACAGUGCCUUGCAUCUGGCGGCCGAGCAUGGGUAUCUGAAUCUUGCGAAAAUUCUGCUCGAUGCGGGAUGCAAAGUUGACUACCGGAAGCCAACGGACGAUCCGUACCCGCGGACGACACUCUGUGACGAGCCGCUUCGAUUGGCAUUGCGCAACAAACACUAUGAAGUAGCCCGUCUUCUGCUAGAUCGUGGCGCGGAUCCGAACAAGCGCUACUUUUUCGGUUCGGAAAUUAAUCUGGCCACGGACGUGGAGAGCCUUGAACUGCUGCUUACGUACGGGGCGAGCACAGAGGCGCGCGAUCGAUCCGGAAUCACACCACUGAUGCGUGCGGUGAGGACGAACGGAAGUAUCGAUUCGGUACUGCUGCUGCUACACUACGGAGCCGAUGUAAACGCGAUGACCGAUGCCCGAAAUGAUUACCGCACCGUGCUGCACUAUGCCGUCCUGUCAGGAAAUGCUUCCCUCGUCACGAUGUUGCUGAAACAGGGUGCCCGUGUGGACAUUCCUGCACCACUGCCAGAACCAGACCGGCCCAGCCCGCUCGAUCUGGCCGUUCUGCGCGGAGAUCCCGUGCUCGUGAGAAUACUACUCGAAAAUGGUGCUAACGUCAACCGCAGCAGUCCGAUCAUUGGUUCCCCGCUGCACGUGGCCUGCGCCGACAACAUCCCGAACAGAGUAGAAAUCAUGAAGAUGCUCUUAUUUUACGGCGCCGACCCGAACGUGCGCGUUGUCGGUGAUGUGGCCACCAAUGCGAUCCUGCGCCCUCCACUGGCCGAACUACUGGCAAGCAACGAGAAGGUAGCACCCGAAGAACUGCAUCUCCUGCUCCGAUAUGGUGCCAGGGUCAUCCUGAAGACACAGUAUCGGGACCCGGACGGUCUGCUAAACUGCCUUUCCAAUCUACACCACGACUCUGCCGCGUUCCGCAUCAUCCUGGACGCAGCCGAGGAAUUCGACCCGUGCAUGAUUCGUCGCAAUCAGCAGCUCACCGACGAACAGCGUGAGCUGUUGGCCGAACGGGGCUCGGUUCCACGGAAGUUGAAAUCACAGAUCCGUGCCCACUAUCGUCGACUGUUUGGACGGAAUCUGGUCGAGUUUGUGCCCCCGCUGUUCGUGCCGAAUGAGCUGAAGAGCUACCUGCUGUACGAGCAUAGUUUUUGAGCCAUACGGCCGCCAGCGAGCACAACGCCUCACUACUACUAGCUUUUCAGCCAUCGCAACAGGAACCUGAUAAGACUUAAAACGAGCGGCAAAUCCUUUGAUAUUCCCACCAUAUGAUAGACUAUAGAUUGUAAACGACUGUUUCGAUCUUCGCUCGAGCGAGAGAUGGACGCUUCGCCUGCGAAGGGAUCCGUUGUACUUCUUUUCCCCCCUAGUGGGGGGAAUUCAUGCGACAAGCUCUUUUUUUAGAGUGAUACGAGAAACGGUUGUGAUAUGAGGAGACCCAUUUGUAUCUUGCAUAGUUUUGUCGAGCAUAGGUAGCUUGAACAUAACCAACAAUACGUAGAAUGGUUAUUGUGGUAAUCGAUGUUUUACUAAAAUAAAAUGCAUUAC